AUGGCGUCAUCGCCUCUGCCGCCGGCAGGCCCUUCCUCCUUCUAUCCAAGCGGGGGCGAGCUCGCAUCCUUCCCGAACCCGUGGCUCGAAUGGGAGGGAACCGGCCACCGCCUCCUCUCUCCCUACCACUCGCCUCCACCGCCGCAAACCCUAGCCCAUGGCGUCGCCGCCGCCCCCCUCCUGGCCCCUGCCCCCUCACCCACCACGCCUCCGCCCGUCGCGUCGCCUCCUCCGCCUCCUCCUCCUCCUCAGCCCGCGCCCGGCUUCGCCUUCUGCCCGACCGACAGCGAGCUCGUCUCCUUCUACCUCCGCCCAAGAAUCUCCGGCCAGCCGCUCCCGGACGCCGCUAAGCAGUUCUUCCACGAGGCAGACGUGUACGCCACAGACCCCGCUUCCCUCGUCGCCGGCCGCCUGCCGGGCCCGGCGAGGGCUCAGGGGGAGAGCAAGAACUGGUACUUCUUCAGCCUCGUGAAGCCCAGGAGCGCCCAGGACAGCCGCAAGUGCCGGAUCGUCGGAGGGGGCAAGGGCACAUGGAAGCAAGAGCGAGGGAACGACGUCGUCGGCGCCAAGGGCCGCGCCGUCGGGCGCCUGGAGAGGUUCACGUACACGCCCAACCCCAAGGAAGACAAGAAGCCGCCGGAGUGGCUCAUGACGGAGUUCAGCGUCGAUCAACACGACGACGGCGGCCAGCCGAGGCCGGUUCUUUGCCUCUGCAAGAUCUACCAGAGCCCGCGGUUCCUCAAGUCCGCCUCCAAGAACUCGGCGUCCGCGCGCAAGAGGAAGGCCGCCGCGGACGAAUCACCCGCCGUCAAGCGGCAGCUCCUGUUUCCGGCGCCCCCUCCCCCACCAAUUCCGUUGCUGCCCGUCCUGUUUCCUCCGCCCCCUCCUCCCGCACCAAAUCUGCCGGCCGAAGACGACGUCUGGGCGCACAUUGGUGCGGACCCAGAGUUGAACUUUAGCUUGGAAGAGUUCACCGCUCCCUGGCCUUGCUCAAUGACGGCAGCGGCGCCGUCUCUGCUAGGAUCCGGCCAUGGAAGUCAGUGCGCUUAA